UAUUGGCUAUAAAAUACACAAAUUUCGACGCUUCCUUAGAAAUAAAUUUUAAACUUGAGGAAGGAAGUCAAACUUUGUUUUAUACUGUGAAAUAUUUGUGUGCAUUGACAUCAUGAGAGAAUACGAUAGUCCCACGAGGGAUGAUGGUUACUCAACAGAUAAUUCAGACAUAUCAACAGGGGAUCUUGAUAGUGUCCUAAAUGACCCCGAUUUUGGUAUACUAUUUGAUGUGGAUGGCGUGUUGGCCCGGGGUAGUACGCCCCUCGACCCCGCCGUAAGAGCUAUUGAACGAUUGAAGGAUUGCGAUGGAAACUUGAGAGUGCCGAUCGCCUACGUUACCAAUGCUACCAACAGAAGCCAUGAUAAAGCAGCACAGAUUAGCAAAUGGUUUAAUAUGCCCGUCUCUCCAGAAAACGUCAUUCAUGCACCAACUCCCGCAAAGUUACUUAGAGAGUACCACGAUCGCCACGUGUUGGUUAUUGGUCAAGAACAUCGUACAGAAAUUGCUGAAGAUCUUGGUUUCUCCAACGUAUGUACUAUUGAAGAAGUAGCCAAAGCCUAUCCAUUGUUAGAUAUGGUUGACCAUGAUAACAGAGUUGCUAUUGCAAAGGGCCAUUAUACCGAAAACCCAAACUUUCCAAGAGUUGAAGCUGUUUUAAUGAUUGGAGAACCACAGAGAUGGGAGUCCAAUCUUCAGAUUUUAAUUGAUUUACUGCUGACUGAAGGCAAGCCUACCACAGCUCCAUCUGACGUUCAUAAAGUACCCCAGUUACCUAUUAUUGCUUGUAAUAUGGAUCUCCAGUUUAUGGCUGAAGCUUGCAUGCCAAGAUUUGGUCAUGGUGCCUUCUUACUGUGUUUAGAAGCUCUCUAUAGGAAAAUAACAGGUCAUGAUAUUCACUAUACAGCUUUAAUUGGUAAACCUUGUGAAAUAACAUAUCGUUUUGCUGAACACACUAUUAGUCGUAUUGCUCAACAGAUGGGACUACAGAAAAAGAUCAAGAAGUUGUAUUUUAUUGGUGAUAACCCAAAUGUUGAUAUCGUGGGUGCUAAUCUGUACGACAGAUAUAUUCGAUCUCUUAGCAACCACGAAAACGGCAAUUCCACUGACAACGACGCCGUCAACACCUUACCUACUUCCAGACUUAUUCCAUCCAAUGUGGAUCUUCAUGAACAAACCGUCGAACGGUGCCAUAGUGUGCUAGUCGGUACGGGGGUUUACAACCCAUCCAAAGUAGAAGCAGACAACCAGAAUGCCCACAAAGUUCCUAUUUAUCACGGACAUAGAGACAUUGCAGACGAACCACACCUUGCGAUGCCAUCCAAAUAUGUUAGUGACGUAUAUCAUGGAAUUCAACACAUUCUUGAGAGAGAGAUCAGUAGAAGUGACAGUGUAGAAAUUGAUUAAUCGCUGUAUUAAUUGUGUUAUAUGGAAGACAGAUACUGCUAAUUGUGAUGCAGCCAAUCGUGCUAGAGUAAUUACAUUCUCUGUGGACCAGAUGCUUUCCAGCCGGAAGUGCGUAAUGAUUGGUUAAUUGAGAGGCCACCCGGUGCUGAGAUAUGAAGGGAUUUCUCCUAACUGUGAUUAUCAUGGACACUUAUGAUCUUUUUGUCUCGUUUUAAUGAAACUAUGUUUCAAUGUUUUAUAAUUAUUUGUCAGCGUUCGUUUAGUUAGUUUAUUUUUGGAGCAGGAAAUAGUCGCCAACGGCUACUCAUCUGGUUGAUUUUCAUGGGGCGAAGCACUUCGAAAGAAGUCUAAGGCUGAGCCAAUUCAUGUACCAUCGAUAUCAAACUUGGAAUACUUGUGCCUUGGACAAUUGCACAUCGAAUAGCGGACUUCCAAGAUGGCGACGAUGAUGUCAUAGUCAGUACCUUGUCCAUAGUACGGUGGUACUAGUUUAUUUGGCGGUAGAUGUACCAAAGAUCAAAGCAUGGGGUAUAUUAGGAAGACACAAAUUAUCGAUUUUAGGACGGAAGUCUUAAACUAUAUGUUGUUGUUUUUUUAUUAUUGUAUAUCACUGGGUAUGUUUCAACGCAUAGGGCAUUGUGUAAACGAACUUAUGUAUAGAAUUUGUUGUUUUUUUUCUGAAAAAGAGGUAUAUGUCAUGAGUUUUGUAUAGAUUAAUGUGAAUUUUAAAAUGACCCUAGAUGACUUUCAAUUUUCAUAAUACCAAGUUCAUCUACCUCAUUUUUUUUUUAGAGAACUUAAUUUAUUUUAUAAUUUCAAAAUAUCUGUACAUAAAGAGUUGAUUUUGAGAUUUUUUUCCCAUGAAUAUAUGGGUUCUUUAAAGUUUGUAAGAAUUGUGACAUAAGGACAUUAAACUUAGUAUUUACAAAUUGACAAAAUAAUAAGGCGUUUUUUCUUUUAAUCAAUAUUAUUAGUGAGAGUGUGAGUGUUUGUCGAAUGAAGUAAGAAGAAGACUAAUUAUAAACGCCAUUUUUCUUUUAUUUAUUAAUACAGUGUAAUUGUUUGUCGAAUAAAUCAUGUAUAACUAUUUAAUUUUUUAUAAAACCGUUUGUUAAAUUUUAAAAAAAAGAGUUAUAAAUGUCGUUUUCUUAAUUUUAUAUAUACAUGUGUGUAAAUGUUAGCCUAUGUGAUUUCUGAGUGAGAGAGAAAAUAUGUUAUAAAUGCACUAGUAAAAGAAAGAGAAAAUGUGUACAAGUGAGACAGUUUUUUUAUUCUGAUGAUAUGAUGAUAUAUGUCUUGUAAAUUAUUUUCUGUGAUUGUGUUUGUAAAUUUUGAUAUUAAUAAAAUAUGAAAUGAAUAAAAUAUAAAAAUACA